AUGGAGGUUACCAAGGUCCAGCUACUUCAAGCCGAAGAGAGAAAAGCGGCAAGAAAACAUCUCAAGGAUGAAAUUCAUGGACUAAGGAAAGAACACGGAGAUAUAGUCAUUCCGGAGAGAAAUGGGGGUAUUACAGAAGCCGACUGUCUCAGCGAGAUUAACACGAUUCUGUUUGACUGGGGUCUCGCCAAUGUCAAGUCCGAGGGAGGAACUCAUCCAUGGGAGGACGACUUGGAGAGCAUGGUCUCAUAUUACGUUCAGCGCAAACAAGAGGAGAGGAAACGGCGUCGAGAGGAUCGUUCGGUGUCUUAG